AUGGAAAACUCGCAAAGUAAACCCGGUCUCCUCUUGUUCCUAGUUAUUCUGGGUAUUUCUCUGGGCGGAACUAUGCCCCUGGAGGACAUGGACUCGCAGGAAAUGAUUGACUUGACAGAUCUUGGGGAUACUGUCUUUGGUAAUCCGGAUGUGGAAACCACGGGCGCUUUGGUCGAGGCUCACAACGAGGGAUCCCCGCAGAACCCCGAGGAACUGGGCACCUAUUACGAAGGUGACAUAUUGAUCCCCUUGAGCUACAGAAAUGCUCGAUUCAACGGCUCUCGUAAUGGCAUUUUGGCGCUGAGUUCCCGCUGGCCGGGCGGCGUUGUGCCCUACGAGAUCAAAGGACCUUUUAGCAGCCAGGAAAUGGGCAAUAUCAAUCAUGCUUUUAAGGAGUACCACACCAAGACCUGUGUGCGUUUCAAGCCCAGGACCACCGAAAAGGAUUACAUCUCCAUUGGAAGCGGAAAGUCUGGUUGCUGGAGUAGCAUCGGUCGCUUGGGUGGCCGCCAGGAGGUGAAUCUGCAGUCGCCCAACUGCCUCCGAACUUAUGGAACUCCGAUCCAUGAGCUGAUGCACGCCUUGGGCUUCUUUCACGAGCAGAAUCGCCACGAGCGGGAUUCCUAUGUCCGCGUGAUGAGUGACAACAUUAAGCCCGAGAUGAUGGCCAACUUUGAGAAGUCCAGCUCCAGGACUCAGUCGGGAUUCGGCGUGGAGUACGACUACGGCAGUGUGAUGCACUACUCGGCCACCAGCUUCACCCGGAAUGGACAGCCCACUCUGAAGGCACUGCGAUCCUCUUCCGAUGCCAGCCAAAUGGGCCAACGACGAGGAUUCUCCGCCGGCGAUGUGCGCAAGAUCAACGCCAUGUACAAGUGCAAGGUUUAGAUGAAA